AUGCAUUUCAAGACUGUCGGUGCCAUCCUCCUCGCCUCUUCCGGCCUGGCCUUCGCCCAGAGCCAGAGCGGCCCCAGCGGUAGCUCCCCCAGCCAGGACGCCGCCGAUUUCCUCGACGACCUCGACCUGGACAUCUCCCCCGAGGAGUUCGCCUCCGAGGUGCCCGCCCUGGCCAGCGUGCCCCCCAGCAUCGAGUCGGCCUUCGUGACCGCCGUCCCCUCCUCCGUCGCCGCUGCCUUUGCCGACCCCGAGAAGGCCGCCUCUCUCUUCAGCCAGUGGCCCAGCAACAGCGCCCCCGGCUGGUACUCUAGCCUGCCCACCUCGGUUCAGGCCUACGCCUCUUCCGUCGUCGACGAGGCUACCUCCGCUUUCCCCGAGCUUGCCUCCGUCCUGCCCACUGAGAUCUCCGAGUCCGAGGGCGGCUCUGCCGACCCCGCUGACUCCAAGGAGUCUCCCUCCGCCUCCGACAACGCCGCUGCUGCCCCCACUGGCAUGGCCGCUGGUGUUGCCGGUGCCGCCGGUAUGCUGGCCGUUGUCCUCGCCCUCUAA